GUUUGCGACUUGCAAUUUAUGAUUAUCCGCGCACAAUUCUGUUACAACGCAUGCGCGCCUGACCGCAGCGUAUGCUCACAUCGCUAUAAUUCGUCAAAGUGACAGGUUUUCUAACCUGAAAAGUCGUCAACUUUGACGCUUAAUAUCUCGUCCCCUGGGACAGAGCGACAUUUUAGUAAAAGGAAAAAGUUUUUUUAAAAAAAAAAACGCAUCGAAUGAGACCAGUUAGGUCAAAAUCGGAGGUGACGUGGCUAUUCUGCAUAAUUACCAAAAAUGAACAAAUAGCAUUAACGGAAUACAACAAGGCCUUAGAAUUAUUGAAGGAGAAUAAGCGAGAGGACGCAUUGGUUACUUUUAAGAAUCUUUUGGAGACUGAAUUGUUGGACGAGGUAGAGAAGCCCCAAGUACCAGAUGGCAGAUCCAGACCAAUGUUAACGUUGAAAUAUUCCUGCUUCAAAAACAUUGGUGCCAUUCAAGCAGCUUGUGAGAAUUAUGUGGACGCCAUCGAGAAUUAUUGGGAAGCUGCAAACUUGGAUGAUUCCGACGUAACGCUGUGGCAUAGAAUCGGUACAUUAGCGAUAAAGAUUUCUAAUUUAGAAUUAGCUUGUUCGUCUUUCAAGCAAGGUCUAAAGUGUAAUUCCAAUCACUGGCCCUGUUUGGACAAUUUAAUAACUGCCUUAUAUGCCGUUCCUGAUUAUAUGAACUGUCUGUUAUAUAUUUCCGUGGCAUUGGAAAAGGAUCCCAAUUAUGUCAAGGGACUUGCUUUUCGUGACAGGAUAUUCAAAGACAUUCCAUGCCUGGAAGAGUGUUACAAACUGUACAAUAGUGAUUGGCAAUUAGAUCCACCUUUAGAUACCGAAUAUGAUCAUGUGUUAGGUGACAAGUUGUUAGCAGACGCAAAAGAGAUUUCUGUAAAAUGGGCGGAGGCUUGUAAAGCAGACUUUAAGCCAAAACCAUUGCCAGAAUUGACCUUAAGAAUGCCUUUAACAAACUACACAUGGCUGGCUCUUGGUGAAAGCCUAGUAGACAUGCAUAGGUAUAUAAGUGAAAACGAUUUGAACUUUGUUAGUAGAAUUGUAUUAUCGGUUCAAAAAUUUGAUGACAAGAAUACAGUUGCGAACAAUGAAUGCGAAAUCGAAGAAAGUAAUGUUAUGGAAAUAGAUGAACAGAAUAUGCAGGAUUCAGCUCCGAAUGUGGAAAACGAUAUCAAUAAAUCUGUUAAACUUGAAGCAGAAGAUUGUGAAAUAUCAGAUGACAAUCAGGCUUUUAACACAGCCUCCGAUAUCGCGAUGGAAGUUGAAACUGAAGAUGACAAAAAGUCAUGUUCAACCGACGUGCAAAUAAUUGAGGAUGAAGAUCCAUUAAGAAUGUCUGACACAGAUGGUUUACAGUGCGAAGAACAAAGUGAGACAAAGAACAUGGAUUCGGAGGAACAUAUGCAAUCUGAAACAGACGCGAAUGCUGACAAAUUGGAGAGUGACAAAGUCACAGACGAUGUUUACAGCAUGGAUAACGGAGCGCCCAACGAGAAAUCCAGCGACAAGGAAAGUGAUAAAUCGAGUGACAAAGUUUCGGAAAAAGGUGCCGAGAAAGCGAACGAUGCAACGAAUAAAACAGACGAUAAAACUCACUCCGAGAAAACCGACGGAAAGGAAGAAGGACAGAAGGUGAAGAAGAGGCGCAGAAGCGCGUUGUGUUUCUUGCAACAAUGGGCUUGGAGUUGCAGUAGCAUGAGACGAUCCGCCAGAGUCAGAGGUUCGAAUAGAAGGGAGGCAGAAAGGGACGAUGUUCAGUUAGAGGAAACACUUAAAAGACUGUUUCCUAGUAGUUUGUUAUCCGAUACAGUAAGAUUGACUAAAGAUGACGCGACUCGCAAUCCGGAUGAUUCUAUGGACACUAUGGAUAUGUAUCAGUUAUUUGCAAACCAGGAGAGAAAUCGUAAUACGGAAGCCUUCAAGAGCUCGGAAAGUUCCAAAUCACCAAGCCCUGACUCGAGACAGCAGAAAUACUUUGAGACAGAAGCAGAAAAUACUGAUGUGGAUGCAUUUAUAAAUGAGCAUAGCGGCAAAAGUAAUUUAAUGAUAAUUCUCGCUAAAUUUGCGGAAUUUCUAUGCACUAAAUGGAAUCAGGAAUGGCCAAAGGGAAUGUCAGAUGUUUAUGUACAAGCGUACAUUUUUAUGAGGCAACAUAUUCCACAUUUGUCACCGCUUGAUGAGGACGUUAGUGACAAAACUCUAAAGUUAGAUACCGAAAUGACAUUGUUAUUCGGGGAGCUUCACACAGAUAAAUGGUUAGACAAUAAAUCUGACACUUUAUCAAGUUCAACGUUAGAUAAACUUGGUACUGGGAUGCCAGCAGAGGAAUUAGGACACAUAAUAUUCACAAGUGUUAGACAGGAUCUUCUACACGAGGAAAAUUUAUAUACUUUACUAAGAAUUUUGUGGCUCAAAGCUAAUAUCUUUUUGUGUCAAGGUGAUAUAGAUGUAGUAAUAGAGACGCUAGAACUGUUGUUGCAUCGUCUGCAAGAAAUGGAGAGCAGAAGCUUAAAUCCAUGCAUCACACUUUUAAAUUGUAACAAUAAUUCUCAAAUUAGUGCCAAACUUGUAAAGAGAAAACUUACAUCAAUUCAAAGGGGUCAAAAAUUAGGCGAAAUCCAACAUUUGUACGACGAGAAGAAAUAUAUGGAACUGUCUUGCAUUCUACAGGACACUUUCAAGUUCGCCAAGCAGAGGCACAAAUUGUUGGUAACCAAUGAAAACAUCGUUGACAGAGUUCGACAAUUAGUCAUGCUACUCGACAGCUUAUGGCAGCUUCAACAAUACGAGGAAUGUUACGUCUGGGCAGAAGCUUGUCUCAACGAGUCCUGGCAAAAUUACUUGAGCUGCUCUGAUGAAGCGGAACAGAAGAAAUGGACGAGUUCGACGGUAACGGCACUUGAAAAAUUGGAAGCUUGUACAAUCCAAGUCAGCGUAUUUGUCGUGAAAUAUCUGCCGGAGUCUCGUCUGACGAGGUUGGUGCAAAAUUUAGUUCACAUCGUUUGCCAUCAAUUGGACGUACCGGAGAACGCUGUGGAGAUGCCUCUGGAGACCGUUCUACCCUGGAUCCUGCUGCACUACAUUCUACAAUACGAGGAGGACAAGGAGAGAGCAAAGGCUGAAUCCUAUAAGAAUAAAUUGCACAGCUCUCAUCACUCCGAAUCGGAUGAUGAGGACGACGGCAUUCCACCGUCCAUCAUGAUUCUGUUCACUGCCCAUGAAUUCAUCGGUCGACACUCGUGGUGCUGCUUCAACGAAGCGAAGCUCCUGUUCUUCAUCAUGAAUCUUAUUAUACCGCAACUCGAGACGCCGCAGUACGCGUCUAUCAAGAAUAGACUGACGAAAUAUCUGGAACAGAUAUUCUUCUGCCUUUAUGGUCAUCCGAACAAGGUGAGCACAAAGCGGAAGUAUCUGCAGGAUCACGGAGUACCACAGAUGGAAUUAACCUGGGAGGGCGCGCAGCUGCUGUUCGACUUUUACAAGCCGAAGCAACUGCCCAACUUUCAGUCGCCUAGAAUUCUUUCCAUCAGCAUGGACACGGAGAUGCUGUUCAAGAGGGUGAUCAGAUUGGUUCCGCAGGAGAGUGAUCCGAAUCAGAUAGUAGACGAAAUGACGGCGUACAUACUCGGCACGAAAGAAAAAAUGCCGAGCGUGACGAAAGCCUUGCCGCAUGCGACAUGUACUAUUUACUAUUUAAUGGGUGACUUUUAUUUCAAGAACAACAAGUGGGAACAGGCCAGUCGGUAUUAUCUACUAGACUUGUGCUUAUAUCCAAGGGGUCUGAAUUCCUGGGCAGGUCUAGCCAUGGCGACAGGCAGCAUAAUAGAGAAUUGGUUGAACAGCUACAGACCUAUAGGAAAAGAUAAGUUUCUGAACAAGGCAAAAACGGCGCAAUCGAGUUAUCAGCACGCCAUUGAGCUGGCGCCUGGCCAUUCCGUAAUUUGGACCGAGUAUGGGAAUUUUGUUUAUAUGGUUCAUUCGUUUUGUUCGCGAUUGCUCAAGCAAGAAACCGACACAUUGAGCAUGGAGAGAUUUGAAAUUCUAGAAACCAGAAAGGAGGAGAUGCUGGAAAUUGCGGAUCAGUGCUUCGAAUCUGCAAAUCGGAUAUGUCAGACUAUCGAGGAACCAACUAUACAGCACGAUGAGAGAUGGCUCUAUCAAUAUAUGCUGGGUAAAGUUGCGGAGAAAAAGAAUCAAGAUCCUCCUGUGUUCUUGGAACAUUACGCAAAGGCUAGUGAAUUGUUAUAUGAGAAUAACGCUCAAUAUCCACGUAGAAUAAGCCACAAAAGUCCACAGAAUUUAUCUAUAGAGGCGCUAGAGGUUCAUUAUCGCAUUCAUGCGAGUAUACUGAAAUAUUUGGAGCAGCAUGAAGGAAAGCCGCUGAAGAAGUCAUUGGGUCAGUUGUUUCUUUGGCAUUUGAAAAAUUGCUCGGAGGGGCCCUUCAUGAAGUAUCAGUCUAAACUCAACGAGAAGAAAAAGGAAGAGAACGCCGACGUUGAGAAGAGUACGUGGAAGGAAUCCGACAGUGCAGCCGAUACGAAUAAGAAUACAGUAGCAGUAUGUCAACGCUCAAAUAGUAUCGAAGAGAUAGAAAUUGUAGAUAGAUCGAAUAAAACUUCAGAUAUUAAGUUUACAGAGCCAGGAAAGUCCGAAAAUCGCAAGAGACUUCCUGACGAACUGUCGAGCGACAAUACAAAGAGAAUAAAAUUGAGUAGCGUUUCGCACUUGCAAUUAAUGCAGGAUGUCGUAGCUUUAAUAGACGAUUUAAUCACUAAAGUUUGCGAUAUGGUGUCGCAAAAGGAGAAAACGAGCGGCGAUGAGGUACUCAUCACUCUGUCUAGUGAUGAGAGUAACGAGCCGAGAUUGCAGAAAAAGAAGAUAGAAAAUAAGAGUGCUGACAAAGCCAAGCCGUUGACAAAAACAGAGGAGAACAAGAAAGGCUCAGUAAAUAUAACGACAAUUGAUCCCGAACGAAAGUCUGACAAUGUACAAGAUUUAAUGGAUGCUCUCAUGAAACAGGCAAUGGAGAUUAGCCAGGAAACACAGCAGUCUUCGGCGGAUGACGAGGACACCAGAAGAUUCGAUGGCAAAUGGCUGCAGAACGAAGACUUACAACCUACUUUGCAGGAAAAAAAUUGUAAAGACAAGAUACCGGAGAAGAAAAAGACACAAACUAACGCAAAUGAAGAAGCGACUCUGAGUAGAAGAGGCUCUCAGGAAAGCACCACGACUACGCAAACCACAACUACGACCACGGAGACGAACAAUUCUAGUUCUAGUAGUAGCGAGGAUUCUACCAGUAGCGACGACAGCUCCGACACUGACAGCACCAGUGAUAGCGACAGCGAAUCCGUGGACAGCGACGCCGAUAAGAAGAAAAAGGAUACCGACAAUAUAAAAAGCGAAGAACAGAUGCCGGAGGAAGAAGUGGCCACGUUAAUCGCGUAUUGCUUAGCUGGUUUGGAACAGUGUGUAUUGAGAUUUACAGAGCAUCACAAGUCCUUUUACAGACUUUCACACUUCUUCUUUAAUAACAAGAAGGCAAAGGAUACCGCGAAGUGCAAGAAUCUCUUAUUAGGGACGUACACUUGUCAAUUCUACCCUGGACAAACUUUUCAAGGACUUUUCGCUGAGAGGAGGAGCACCAACUUUUUUAAUGGAGUGUGGCAUAUACCCGUCAACGAAAUUGAUAGACCUGGAAGCUUUGCAUCACACAUGUCGAAAUGCGUGACGUUGCUUAUGCAAGUAUUAAAGGAAAGUAACGAUAGUCGAAUGUUGAUGCAAUUAUGCAUACAGCUCGGGAAAAUUCCGGAUUCUGACAAGAAAUACUUACGUGAUUCCGAGAGAGAACAAUUAUCUCGGCAGGCUCUGACGCUUUGUCAACAGUCGCUAAGGAGUCGAGUGCAGACGAUAGGCUCAACAAGCACAAUAGAUAGUGUCACUCUAAUCAGAACUGAUACUAGAACACAAGUAUUGCUUGAUGUGUACGAAACAUAUCAGCUUGUUCAAAAACAUUUUCAGGGUAAAGAAUCAACUGUACAAAUAUUUGCAACCUUGCUAACAGAUACAUACAAAAUGUAUACGGGGAAUAAAAAUUUGGAGGGAAAUAUUUUGGAGAUCGCUAUUAAAUAUUGCCAACGUCAAAUACAAGCAAAUAAAAUCGCAUCGAUUAACAACAGCAAUAGCUCUCACGUGCUACCUUCAACCACCACUGCUAUUCCGGCGCCAACGUCUCAAGUACCGGCGAGCACAACGUCUCUGCAAAUGUCUCUGCAGAAUCGCAAACCACACAGAAACCUAACGACCACUGGACGUCCGAGAGGACGUCCACCUAACGUCAACAAAUACCUGCAGCACGCCAUGCAGCAGAGUAGCAAUGUAAUGAAUCAAUUCAGUUCCAAGAAUAACUUGGCCAAUUACAUGGGUGCGUCCGGACCAAAUCGUUCUUUGAUGAAUCCUUACUUCAUGAACCCUCUGGUCGAUGCAAACAUGUUGUCGGCUCUACUUGCCAGCGGACUCGGUAGCAAUAUGAUGGAUCCUUUGUCGGCUAUGAGCUACUUCAAUCAAGUAGGAAGCUAUCAGGACAUCCUUCGGCAGUAUCAGAGUAAUCUAUCGUCGUUGACCAAUCCAGCUAGCUUAAAUAGCAAUCCUUGCACCACUAUAACUGGCAUCAGCCAGGCCUCGACAAUGAGUACAUCCAGCUCAAAUAUUAACACCCCGACAAGCACUAUCGGUAACUUGAGCAAUUUAGGAAAAGGAUCUUUGGACCCUAUGACAAUGUCGGUGCAACAGUUGCUGAGCUUGAGCAAUUCGACAGCGUCAACCUCACGACCUGCUGCACCCAUGUAUCACCAAGCGGCAACUAAGACCAGCACAACCAUGUCGAUGACGAAAGAUCGACCCAAUAUAUCGAUAACGCCAGUGAGCAGUUCGUUGAGCGGUCAGCAGCAGCCGCCUCAUCACAAGACGAAACCCAGCAGUAAGCAGCCGAGCGCGCAGACUGAUCCGGCGUUACCCGUUCACAUUCCGAAGUCGCUUCAAAUAUCACCGACGAAGUCGGUGUUACACGCGCCCACGAACGCGGCGGCGGCGGCAGCGGCGGCGGCGGCGGCGCAAGUGUCUCUGCUGAAGCCGUCGAUCGUUCAGCAGGUGAAGAGCAGCCCGCCGAAGCAGAUGGGCGCGCCGCAGAUACGCGUUUCGAAAUCGCUGACCGAACCGCAACCUGCGCACAACACGCCGCUCUCGUAUUCUCCUUUGAAGAACAGUGGCAGUACCGUGACGACGAAUCCAGCCGCUGCCGUGCCGCAGAUCGCCCACGCGCCCAUAGGCGCGCCGGUGAUGAUGAAACAGCAACAGGCGUUGCCCAUGAACUUGGGCAACGUAUCGCGUUCCGGCACGUCGUUACAGCACAAACUGUUAUCGAAGAAGAAUCCCCAGCGACCUUACUCGACGCACACGAGCGUGCCGAAUCAUCCCGCGAGGAAGCCGAAAUUGACGACGAAAGCAUCGGUGAUGCCUAUGCCGAUGUCCGGUAAUUUUCCGAACUUACUGGGCACGAUACCGUCGGCGAGCACCGCCGCGAUGUCGCAACCGCCUUUUAUACCGCCGGAAUUGAGCGGCAUCUCGGUCAGCGCCAUCGGCCCGCAGCCCGGCGUCAUCAAGACCACCGCGAGCGCUAAGUAUCACACCUAUAAGAAAGCUGCCAAGCCGAAACCGACGGCGACAGCUGCGGCGAUGGACGUGCCGCCGAGCUCACUGCCGGCUACGUUCCCUCAAGGCAGCACGGUCGAGGCGCUCUCGGUGCUGUCGCAGCUGCAGCAGCACACGCAUUUGGAAAUAAUACCGCAGCAAAAGGCACCGUUGAAGCCGAGCAUGGAUUAUGCGAAAAGUCUUUCAUCUUCCGUGAGCGUGGUGCCGCAAAAGGUUCCCGAAACUUUGAGAAACCCACCAACGACCGCCGAUUGUAUGUCAAUCUAUGAUAUAUCGAGGGGAAAGCCCGCUAACGUUCCGAGCAAGAAAGCACCGGACAAGCUGGCUAAUGAUAGUGUCGAAAUUAUAACGUUGGACGAUUAAGAAUUGUGAUGAGUGAUGAAUGUAUUUUGCGCAUAUGACGUAAUGGUGCAAUGUUUUUUUUUUUUUAAGAUAUAUACCUGAUAUCGAGUCAAGAAUGCCAUAUUCGCUAAAUUAACUCCUUGCAUUGGAAUGGGUUACACAGCCGAAACGGCGGUAGCGCUUUGAUGGCAGAUAACUUUUAUGCUUUGUGUUUUAUGUUUCGUAUAAAAAUUCGACUCAAGUCAUUAAAUCAAGGCAUAAAAAUCGAAUAUGUUAAUAUGUUAGAAUAUGUUAUUUGAUUUGUAGCAAAACUCCAAUGCAAUAAGUUGAUAUGUCUAAUUUAUAUACU